AAAGUCAAAACCUAAUUCAACGGUUCUUUUUUAGUGCAACUUAUUUUUCGUACCCAAUGGAUUUUUGUUUCUUCUAAUCUAACGAAAAAACCCUAAUUAUUCUUCAAAAAGAAAAAAAAAACCCUAAUUCAAUAAAUCGGAGCAGUGAGCGACUGAGAGUAUAACCGGCGGGAUACUUAAACGGCCGUAGAUGGCGGAUCCCUAUUACCCAUACCCAACUUCCGCCCCUUCCGACGGAGCAAACUUUGCUAGAAGUAGCUAUGCCGGUUACAUUCCAUCCGAGGCACCAUCAUUGGCGUCUCCUCGUCCUAAAUCGACUGAAUUUCCCGGUUACGGAACAGAUUACCUGCAUAAAGAUGUAAGUUUGUUUCGGACGGAGCCAUAUGGUGUUGAUGAUACCAGGGGAUCUAGAGUUCACUCCGAACCUAAUGUUGCAGAUUAUUCUCCUCUUGAAGAUCCUAAAUUAAGUACGAAAAGAGAUACUCUGUUGGGUGUUGAUCCAGGCAUUCCUGAUGCAGUUGCGAACAAUGAAAGAUCAGUCUCUAAAAGCAGUUAUGAUGCCCUCCCAGUUUCAGCUGCAGAAUCGAAUAUUUUGUUUGUGGGUGGCCUUCCUAAAGAUUGUACUAGAAGGGAAGUAGGCCAUCUUUUCCGUCCCUUUAUUGGUUAUAAGGAUAUCAAAGUUGUUCACAAGGAGCCAAGACGGAGUGGGGACAAGGCUAUGAUAUUUUGUUUUGUAGAGUUUACUGAACCCAAAUGUGCUCUCACCGCUAUGGAAGCUCUGCAAGGCUACAAGUUUGAUGAUAAAAAACCUGAUUCACCAACCUUAAAAAUCCAGUUUGCGCACUUUCCUUUCCGUCCGCCAACAGAUGAUCGACAUUAAGAUUUUUAGUAUGACAUACUCACGCUGACUGGUAUUGUAUUUCAUGGUUGAGAAGUUUGAUGCUGCUCAGAUGAACUCUAUCUGAUGGAGAAAUUUGCUUUUGGAUUCAAAAUUUUAGAGGCGGCCCGGACGUUGAAUCUAGGAUUUUUUAAUAUCUUUUUUUAAUAUAUUUUUUUAAUAGAAUUUUCAUGAUCUUGGAAAUUAGGCUGUGGCUUUGUUUGUAUCUUUUAGUUUUGAUUCUUUACAAAUCUCACAGCAGUAGGUGUUUGCCGCCCUUUUUUCUUCAAGUAGGGUGUUGUGUAUUGUAAAAUAAAAUGGCCAGUUGUUAUUUAACGUGUUCUUGUAUCAUAUUUGGCGUUAAAUUCUUUCAAGUAGAAUUUAUGCAAGAGGUUCAAAGACUCGGGUAUCAA